AUGCCGGCGAGCGACGACUAUACACCUGCAGAUAUCUUCAGCAAUAGCAGUAGCGACAGACAGGCUUCUUCUUCGGAACAGCAACAAAAGCAGCCGCAGCAUCAGUCGUUGCAAACAUCACCCAUUGCUCAGUCCCCAUACUUGGACCCACACACUACUACAUAUCCCCUGCACACUGCUCACCGCACAUCUUCCUUGUCUACAAGCAAAGAGCGCCUACGCCAGCCUGCUUCCGUAACCCAACAAGUAUCUUCCCAGGCAGAAGAGGUCAUUCGCACAAAUCGAGGCGUUUCGCAUUAUUUCGGUCCUUCCAGUAGCUUUCGGCUUGCAACGACUAUACGAGCACUUGCGUCCCGCUGGAAAGCCGUCUCUGGUGCAGACUUUCCUGGACUCCGGUCAUUCACAUCAAACCCCUCAAGUCGAUCAGGAUCAGCGCUGAAACGCAGCAGCACAAAUCCUUCGGAAGACGAAUUUGCUAUACCCACAUCGAGCCAGCGUCCCAAUUCGAGCCAUGGAAGUCGGAAGAGAUCCAGAAUUGAGAUGGAGGCAUCGAAUGAUCCGUCGCAACUUCAAGAUAGUUCUUCACGUCGAGAUACAAUUGGUGAUUUGAUUCCCCCCAAACACAUCACUGACGCUUUAGUAGCGGUCUAUUUUGAUCAGAUUCACAUGUACUUUCCCCUGUUCAAUAGAACCGUGUUUCAGAUGCGACUGGAAACUACAUACUCGCGAAAGGGCGAGUUCAUUGACGAAUGCAAGGACCUGGGAUGGCUAAUUUCACUGGCUUUGGUCCUGUCUUUCGGUUGCCAGCAAUCAAGAGCAAAUGAUGUCGACCAAAUGCAAGCGCUCCGCCGCAAGCUUGUUGUUUUCGCCAAAACCUACUUCCGUGUACUUUUGACGGCGACGCAAUUAGAGAACGUUCAGGCACUUGUCCUUCUCAACAUGCACCAUCACAACGUUGGACAAAAGAGCAGUUCGUGGUUACUGAUUGGUCUUGCUGCACGCAUGGCAAUCACCAUGGGAAUGCAUCGCGAUAGCUUGAAUCUACAGUUUGAACCCAUCGAAUGCAACGUGCGCCGGCAAGUAUGGUGGUCCAUCUACAUAUUUGAGAAGAUACUGUGUGGUAUAUUGGGUCGUCCUACGGGAAUUGACGACAGAGAGGUAGCGAUGAAGGUUCCCGACGCACCAAUGCUCGAGCAAACGCGCAUCACCGCAAUCUUCAUGAACCUCUGCUCCGAUCUCGCGUCGUUGUCGUACCGUAUCCGACAACGUGCAUAUUUCGACAAGACCUCGUCUGAAGAGCGAUCGCCGACGCUGGCUGUUGCCAUGACCCUACUCCGCGAAUGCGACAACUUCUACGCGAACAUCCCUCCACACAUGUCUCUUGACCAAGCCCCAGGAGGUACAGACUCGAAGGCAAUGAUCCUGUUGCUGCACAUGUACUACUAUUAUACACGCUGUGUCAUCUCCCGAGACUUUCUCAUACAAAAAGUCGAGAGCAACGUCUGCUUCUUGGAGAACAAAGCGUUACCGGCUUCUGAGGAUUGGCCAUCGACUCUAAUACUUGCGGAAGACUGUGUUGACUCGGUACACAAGAGUCUCCAGUGCAUCACAAUUGGGAUGGAUCUUGGCAUCUUCGAGAUCAUGGGCUACUCGUGGUUAGACUUUUUCUUUGUAUUCCAUGCCAUCUUGAUAGUAUGCGCAGACUUCCUCGCUCGACCAAAAGGUCAAACAGAUUCACCUAGAGACAUCGAGCGCAAAGCGACGGUGUGCACUGUCCUCGAGCAGGUCCGUGGAAUGCAGCAAAAGCUCCCAUCCACAUACAAAACCUUGGGUCAAAUUGCGCUGCAGUUCGCAAGGAUAACCGGUGUCACCCAAGACAGUGAUUCACCAACGAUACAAGACGCAUCAGCCGAUGCGUCUCUAGAAUCUGUUGUGGAUAUGGCACAUGAGGAAAGCAACGACCAAGUCGGCAUGCUUGACAUAGGAGGCGAUUGGUACACGGAUGCGACAGCAGAUCUAGGGUUAGAUUUCUUCGACCUGGGCCAAGCGACGCAUCCGGUGACAUUCCCUAUCAUGGAUCCUCCAACACGUUCUGAGAACGCGGGCGAUCCGACGGGUGACGUUGUAGAUGAUUGGACGGACAGGGCGCUAAAGGGGAUGCACACCCUUUAG